ACGUUAAUGAAGACAUUUCGCAUAUUUUGUUAAAUUGCUCAAAAUAUACACCAACAAGACAAAAUUAUCCAACACUACUUAAAUAUAACGAUAUCUAUCGUUUACUUGGAAAUGAACCAAUUGAAAAUUGGACAUCGAUUACCAGUUUCAUUCGAGCUGCUAAUAUUAAUAUCUAAUACAACACACUCCACACUGCUCAUUUAACACACUAUAACACCAUCCACGCUUAUACCAACUCACAAAAUCUCAAAAUUAAAAUUUCUCACACAUAUUGAUAACAUUUUCAUCGCUUAUCGUUCAUCGUCAUCGCUCAUCGUUCAUUGUCAUCAUAACAUCACCAGAAACUACUGCACGAUAUUUACAUAGCUGUCCAUUAAAUUUUGUUUUUCUUGAAAUUUAAUUUCAUACAUUGGCAGUGGCGUUAACCCGUUCCAACGGGGCGGCCAAAUAAUUCUUCCCUCUUCACGGAAGGAAGUAACUUAAUAUUUAAAAAAAAAAAAAUAAAAUGGCUACGAGGUCUUGCGCGUACAAGGAUUGCGAGUAUUACUAUGCCCUCCGUGGUAACACUCAGCCCAGAUCCAUGUUCGCCUUUCCGAAACAAGCUGAAAGGGCCCGAAUCUGGCACGAGAAUGGACAAGUGCAUCCAAAAAUUCCUCAAACACAGCUAUUUAUGUGCGCCAGUCACUUUGACCGCAAGUUCAUAUCCUCGUCCAAAAACCGGACGCUCCUUGUGGGCGAGGCGGUGCCGUUUCCGUAUGGCAAAACUGAUCCCGAUCCGGAGGAGGAGCCCGAGCAGGUGGCCUCAACUUCCCAGGAGAGCUACCUUAUAAACCUGAGUGACGAUGAAGUGAGCAUCAAUAGUGUGGACACUACUUCAAGGACCAACCCUCCUGAGACAGAGCCUCACCGCGACCUCAAGGCUCCCUCCACCAAGCGCUCAAGGGAAUCGACUUUAACCAUUCACCCGUCUGAAAAGGAAGCUCCGAAAGCGGAUCCGAGUCCCACCGAAGCGCAUGUUAGUGUCGAGCCUAGCAUUAUUGAUACUUCCGAAGUGUCAGUUUUCACUUUUAAGGGCCAGGAGUACGUGCAAAUGUCUAUGGACUAUUAUUUGAAGGAGAAGCAAAUGAUGGCCGAACUACUUAACAACUACAGGAACGCUUUAAGGAGUAUCAAGGGCCACGUAUCGCAGCUGGACCUUUGACGUAGUAUAUACAAAUACAAAACGGGAACCUAGAACGAAUGAUCUUUAAUAAUAUAUAAUGCUAUAUUUAUAUGCUAAUUGUUUACACGUGUACUUAUUAAAUUAGUUAACAUUU